AUGCCGGAAAAGAUGCCUUGGCACUGGUUUUGCGCAACAGCACUGGCAUCGAGCGAACGAAAGGCGGUGCCAGCAAGCGGUCACCAAUGGUACCGAACACCGAAGGGGCGGUCCCUCGGUCUGCAUUGCGCUGGGAUACUGGCAAGCCGAUGGCAGUUCGAAAGAACGAACGACGCACCGAAGUACCACCCAAGCAUGGCACCGAAAACCGGCGGCGGCGGCGGCGGAAAGGCAGCGAAAAAGGCGGCAACGGCUGCAACGGGCAGCGGCAGCGGGAGCGGGACCAAGGCUCAGAAAAACAUCGUCAAGGGCGACAUUCCAAAUUUUACUACUACUACUGUCAAGGGCGACAAACAACCGAAGCGGAAACUACGGAGGAAGGAAAGCUACGCCAUCUACGUUUACAAGGUGUUGAAGCAGGUCCACCCGGACACUGGCGUCUCGUCGAAGGCGAUGAGCAUCAUGAACAGCUUCGUAAACGACAUCUUCGAGCGUAUCGCGGCCGAGGCCUCCCGUCUGGCGCACUACAACAAACGCUCAACGAUCACCAGCCGCGAGAUUCAGACCGCCGUUCGCCUCCUGCUGCCGGGCGAGCUGGCCAAGCACGCUGUCUCGGAGGGCACCAAAGCCGUCACCAAGUACACCAGCUCCAAGUGAACAAGCGAGGUUUUCGGAGACGUACCCCCACAGAUACCAAAACGGCCCUUUUCAGGGCCCCAGCGGCACUCACAGAGGAGAGAGAGAGAGAGAGAGAGAGAGAGAGAGAGAGAGAACGAUGUUUUGACAUUGUGACGUUUCCUUUCCGACCUACUGGCCCCUAUCCGGUUCUCUGUUGGAAUAUUAUUUUCGCUAUUCUUUUUCUUCCGACAUUCGCACUGAGUGACCAGCCCACUGAGGUCUGCCGUGUAGUAUUUUGUAGUGUUUUAUACGAUUCACAGUAUUUUCUUCUUUGUAUACUUGCUACAGCUCACGAUUCGGCGCCAAGGCAAGUCAAGUUUUUUUUCGU